AUGUCGAAAGUGAGGAAUGGGCCCGGGACUGCGGCGAAAGCCCCCCGCCGAGAUGUAUUGGCUUCGCUCAAGAUGACUUCCAUGGAGGAAAUCUCCAGGGCUUCCCUACCAGCAGAGAUUAUGUCUUCGAUUCUCGACUAUCUUUCUCCCGUCGACCUCAUUCGAGCGGCACGAGCGUCGAAGCUCCUCCGCGAGAUGGCCUACGAUGAUAGCCGAUGGGUACAAAAGCUGAAGCGCAUGGGCUGCUGGGACGAAUUGGCGGCUCGGAAAAGAGUCGAGGAAACGUUUGGGACCAUUGCGGAUGUGAAGAGUGUGGAGCAUACCGAGACGGAGGAGGCCACCCCUCAAGUAUCGGCAGCGGUCAACAAGCCAACGAUUAGCUUGAAUACUUUGUCCGACGGGUUCGACAAAAUCGAGCUGUCACCUUCAGCCGCAGCUAUCGCACAAAGCGAGAUGGACAGUGAUCCCGUCUUGGGGGCACUCGCUCAAGUCAAGUCUAUUCGAGGGGAAGCGCGUCAAGAGUAUGGAAAGGUCCAUGCUGCCCUCGCACCUUUCUACAAUGACAUCGCCGUCACUGGACCUUCGCCGGAUAACCUGCUGUUCCAGAAAUACACCGAUCCGCAACAACAGGCCCAGAUUUUCUCGCAGUUACAGGCCUUUUCUAAGGUCGACUCUACAGCCCAAUGGCGUGAAAACGUCGCCCAACUACAAACAGCUAUCUCGAUGUUUGAAACGGCGGCCAUAAAGGAAUUCAGACAUGGAUAUGAAACAGAAGAUAUCGAUGAUCGGAUGCGGAAAUAUGCGCAUGUCCUUUAUACCUUGAAUGGCGGGACAUCGGCCGUCGAGCUGUUUCUCCACCAUAAUCAUCUGGUUACGCGCAAGUCAGAUUUCGGCAGUGUGGCUGACUGCAUUGACCCGAUCGCUCAGCGAGUGAAACUCGAACAAACCCAGGCCUUCUUUACCCGAUUGAGCGUUGCGUACAAUGAGGAGGUCUCUAUCAUCAACCGGGCAUUCCCACCAGCGCUGAAGUUCGCAUCGUCAUUCACAGAAAAAGUAGGGCAAGACGUGUUGUAUCCCUUUCUGACAGCGAUCUUCGACGAGCUACACCGCAUGAAUAUCGAGGCAUAUUUGACUGCAGUAUCUGGCACAUUCGCGCAGUGUCUGAACUUUUCUGAUGCUCUGUUACCGAUUCAGAGUGCUGCUAACGACUAUGACGAGUUUCUCGAUAACGUUAUCGCUAAAGUAUUCGAGCCGCAUAUGGACUUGUAUCUCGCAGAGGAAUUGGACCAUUUCCGAAAAGACUCUGAGGCGGCAGUGGAAGACUGGGACAGACAACUAUCGGAACAGGCUGCUUCUACCGAAUCAUUCCUUAUGUCGAACGUCAAUCGACAGGCCGACAAGCGAGAUUUCUUGACCUCGUUCAAGAAAGUGAUUAUGGCGCCUGUCAACAUUCUUCCCAGCUUUUCCACGUCGAAGACGACCGAACAAAAAUCCGACGACGAGUCUGCUGGCAGCGAUUCGUCGGCAUUGAAGAGUUCCAAGCGAUUCUCGACUAUGUCGGCCCCGAGCACUCCUCCGGCGAUAGAGCCACCCACCGAUGAGUUGGCAGCGAAGGCCGCCAUCAUGAAAUCCAAGAUGGAGGGUAUCCGAUCUCUAUUCAGCAUCGAAGUCGCUUUGAACAUGGUCCACUCGGCUAAGUCCAGUCUGGAGCGCGCUGCGCAAUUCGUCAGAAUCGGAGGCCAAACUGGAGAGGCAGUCAAGCAGCAAUGCGAAGCGAUCUUUGUCGCCUUAGUGCGGAUACUGGGACAUCGUCACCUUAUCGUCGGAUUCAACAAGGCAGUAGAUCAUCUGUCAAACUACCGACCUCGGGAGCAAGGCGAACGUGAUCACUCCGGGGUCGAACCAUUGGUAACGUUUUUGGAAUUGGUGAACGUUGGCGAUCUGAUUCUCCAGAUGAUCGACGUGUUCUAUGAGCAGGAACUUAUUGGUUCCAAACUGACGGAUCGGAAUGACUUUGUGGAUCCCGCCGUGAAAGCGAAGAAAAAGUUCGAACAGAACUUAGAUGAGCGCGUGGCUGCCGGGUUGAACAAGGGAAUUGACGUUCUCAUGGAGGAAGUCGACUACAUCCUGGCUACGAGGCAGCUGGCGACGGAUUUCAAUCCCAGUGUCUCAUCCGACCCUUACCGGAGGACUAUGGAGGUUGGGGUCACUGAAGCAGCAACGGCGGUAGUCGACGUGGUGUCGUCGCAUACACAGAUGCUUGUGGGCAGUACAGAUAAGAGUACCCUCGAUGUCUUCAACCAAGAGGUCGGGCUCCGCUUGUUCACUGCACUGUGCAAACAUCUCAAACGCCAACGGAUCAGCGUAGAGGGAUCCUUGCGGCUGAUCAGUGAUAUGAACCACUACUUCCAGUUCAUCCAGAAAUUCAGAAACAACGAACUCCUCGUCUACUUCAAGGCGUUCCGUGAGCUUUCCCAGAUCUAUCUCAUUGACCCGUCCGAUGCGAAGGAACUGGCCACCCUUAUUGCCGACUCCGAUCGGUUCCAGGGGAUCUGGCGGGUGGAGGAGGUGUAUGAAUUUGCCGAGCGCCGGGCAGAUUGGUACCAGGUGAAACGCGACGUCGAGCGAGCGAUGUACGGAAUUGGCUGCACAGUUAUGUGA